UGAUGACGUAGUAAAAAAAAAAGCCUUCGUUACCGGGAGGAAGAGGGCGAGCGUCCUGCACGAGGACAGGUGAAUCACCAUGACAACAGAGCCAGGUGAGCCACAGGAGGCCCAGCCAAAAGAGGCAGAGUCUUUCCCCGAAGCCGCCGCCCACUCCACACCUAAACAGGGUGGGGACGGCGCGCCAACCCAAAGCCAGGCUCAGAGCUCAUUUGCCGAGGAUUCAGCCAGUCACCUGUCGUCGAGCAGUCGGAUCGCUCGCUCUCCAGCCAGAAACCCACUGAGCUUCAGGACGAUGCAGGCGAGAGUCACCCUGCUGGACGGCUCGCUCUUCACCUGCACUGUGGAGAAGCGAGCUCGUGGUCUGCAGCUGUUUGAGAAGGUCUGUGAACACGUCAAUCUGCUGGAGAAAGACUACUUCGCUUUGUCCUUCAGAGACGCCGACAACAAUAAGAACUGGUUGGAUCCAGCAAAGGAGAUGAAGAAGCAGGUCAGAGGUGUCCCCUGGAACUUCUUCUUUAAUGUAAAGUUUUACCCCCCUGACCCCGCCCAGCUGUCUGAGGACAUCACCAGAUACUUCCUGUGUCUCCAGCUCAGACAGGAUAUAGUCUCUGGUCGCCUUCCUUGUUCGUUUGCGACUCACACCGUCCUCGGCUCCUACACCGUCCAGUCAGAGCUUGGAGACUACGACCCCGACGAGUGUGGCUCAGAUUACGUCAGUGAACUUUGUUUUGCUCCCAAUCAAACCAAAGAAAUGGAGGAGAAGAUCACGGAGCUGCACAGAAGCUACAGAGGAAUGACACCUGCUGAGGCAGAGAUGCACUUCCUGGAAAACGUAAAGAAGCUUUCUAUGUACGGAGUCGACCUUCAUCACGCGAAGGACUCGGAGGGCGUGGCCAUCAUGCUUGGUGUGUGCAGUAGUGGUCUGCUGGUCUACAGGGACAGAUUGAGGAUCAACAGAUUCUCGUGGCCGAAGAUCCUGAAGAUUUCAUACAAAAGAAACAACUUCUACAUUAAGAUUCGACCUGGAGAGUUUGACCAGUUUGAGUCUACGAUUGGUUUCAAAUUGUUGAACCACAGAGCGGCGAAGAGGCUGUGGAAGGUGUGUGUGGAGCAUCACUCUUUCUUCAGGCUGUUGUCUCCAGAGGACCCUCCUAAGAAGUUUCUGUCUCUGGGUUCAAAGUUUCGGUACAGUGGUCGGACUCAGAUUCAGAGUCGUAGAGCCAGCGCUCAGAUCUCCAGACCUGCGCCGCAUUUCCCACGAUGCAUCAGCAGGAGGAAUAUGCUGAGCCGCAGCCUUGACGGAGGCCUGAGGACCACGCCCACACCCUCUCUGAUUGGCUCUCCAGCCAACACAGCUUCCCCCAAAGCCAACGGUGGUACACACACAGAUAUGGGCUCAGGGCUGUACGCAGCAUCUAAAGCCAUCGCUGUCAGUGACCUCAUCACCAUGGUAACACCUGAGAAGAGGACAGAGGAAAGGAGGGAGGAGCAAGAUGAGGAUGUGCUCGUGGUGGAGGAGGUGAUGGAGGUAGACAGGGAGGAAGAGCAGCAGCAAGAGGAGGAAGAGGACACCAGAGUGACAGAGAUUUCUCAGCAGAGUCCUCCGACUCAUCAGAAGCAGGACACCAAGACUGAGCUGACUGAUACAGCUGUGGACGGAGAUCUGACAGCUUCUGAGUCUGAUCAGGAUGAAGAUUUGAAAACUCAGGACACGUUGGGGAGUCCUGAGGAGAUGCAGAAACCUCAGAGCACCAUCAGCGCUCUCAGACGCUCCUUUUUAGAGGGGGGAGGAGGAGGGGGGGGGGUGACAGAGUGGGACAAACGCCUGGCCUCCUCACCUCUACGAGGGGUUGAUGACUCCCCAAUGAUUGAACCUCUGGAGCCGGAUGAGCCCCUCCCAUUGGACAGCAGCUCCACUGAGCCCAAACCCACAUUUGAUGAAAUGUCUCCUGAACUGACGGCUCUGCUGAAGUCAGCCAGAGAACAAAAGACUGUCAGAGAACACAACCUGCUGAAGACCUCGGAGAAGGUGGAGACGCUGCUCUUGACGACGGAUUCACGUGACCGGGACCAGCCAAUGGCAGACCAGCCUCAGGUAGCAGUAGGAAGUGCUGUAGGCCCAACUUCCCCUUCCCCAGGGGCCGGCAUGACGCAUGCUGAUGAUGUCACAGAGGGAUGGGCCCGCGAUGAUGACAGUAACAAUGUCAAUGAUGCAAACAGGGUUAAUAGUCCAACAGACAAGCAUGAGGUCGGUGAUGAUGUCAGCGAUGAUGAGCCGUGCAGCCAGGUUAGCGAUGACGAUGCUAGCGAGGCUAGUGAAGAUACUAUCAGUGUGUUAGCGCAGGCAGCAGUGGAGGAGGCCAUGGAGGCUGCAGUCAGACAGGCUCAGAGCCCAGACGCUAAUGAUCUGUCUCAGCGUUACCAUGACGACGGGGACUCUGAUGACUCAGAGGAAGACAGGGGAGGGUGGAGGUCCCCUCCCCAUUUUUUACCUCACCCGACCUCAAGGUGCUCCCCCUGCUUGACCAAUCAGACGCAGCCGUUCGACCACAGUGACGACGACGAUGAUGAAUCCAAACCUCAGCGGGAGGAGGUCCCAGUGAUGAGGAAGACUCUCACAUAUGAAGCUCCAGGGAGCCAGGUGGACUCUGAUCCUCCUGCAGGUCUACUGCUAAGUUCCCAGACUUUCACCUCGGAGACGUCCAACACCACCACCACCACUCACAUCACCAAGAUGGUAAAAGGAGGAAUUUCAGAAACCAGGAUCGAGAAAAGAAUUGUAAUUUCUGGAGACACAGAAAUCGACCACGACCAGGCUCUGGCAGCGGCGCUCAGUGAGGCGCGCCGACAGCACCCUGAGCUGUCUGUCACACGAGUCGUUGUCCAUAAAGAAACUGAAGUCUCUCCUGAUCAUGUGAUUGAUUGACAUCACAGGACUGAAUCUUGAAGCCUCUGCUGCAUUAUGGGAGUUAUAGUCCAGACAACAGCGCCAACAAAAACAGUUUGCAGGGGUGAUAUACACACACACACAUACAUAUAUGCAUGUCCACUUUAUCCACACACACACACACACACACACACACAGAGCACCUGUCUGUCUGACAGGGCUGGGGCCAGUUAGCGUCAGUUAGCAUUAGCUUGAAAAUAUGUCUCUGACAUUCACACAUUUCACAGAGAAUGAUUUCUGUAUGUAACGGAAUAAAAACGUGAGACAGACGGGGUGCUGCUGUGAUGCCCUCACUUCGUUUCUAUAGCAACCAGACAACCAGAGUUGGUCGACCUCAUGUGACCCAUCCCCACCAAACCUCACCCACACAUCUACCUGACUCCCUGGCAGGUUAAAGCAGACAUCUGAUUGGCUGGUCAACUAACUCAGGUGUGUUUGUUUCUGAUUGUAUGAUGGACAGCUUUAUGAAUCAUUCAGCAAAUAGUUUGCAUCACACCUGACAGAUCUGUGAUCACCUGACUUCACUCCUGACUCUUACCUUCCUCACGUGUAAGGAACUGGAUCUUUUAUUUUGACAGACUGAUAUAAACUGUUUCCUGUCUGAAAUGUAAAAUAGCAUGGAUGCUAGUUACUGCUCAUUAUUUAGCAGCUAAAAUUCAGCACUGUAAUUACCCAUAAUGCAAUAGUAAUGUGCCAUUCUUUCACCUUUGAAUCCCCUGUUAUUAACUGUUUCUCUCAUCUGUCUAUGCAUUUCUUUAUUUAUUGAAGUUACCCUUUGACCCCUCCCCCUGGCGUCAGAUCACACUCACCGUGUUUUACUUUAUGACGAACACUCUGUGACUUUACCCACUGAACUGAAAUAAAAUGAUUAACAACC